AUUUAGAAAAAAUAAAACAAGCUACGAUUGCUUGCCUUAAUUCCUAGUAUUUCGUAAUGAGGGGCCAUUUCCGUAAUUAAAUCCAAAUCCCCCGAUCCUUUGUGCGGAAAACUGACCACCGCCAAAGAAAAAAAACCCUAGCUUUCUAUCUAUGAUGAUGUUGGUUACAAAAUCGAGGCUCUGAAAAGACCCCUUCAAUUUCGCUGCUCCCCUCCAUCCCUCUUUCUUUUGUCAUCUAUCUUUCAAUUUCUUUUUUUUUUUUUCCUUAUAAUUAAUCUCCAAUCCUCUUAACCAAUCGCCAUUCGUCAUGCCUAAGAGGAUUCUUUGUAAGUUCUUUGCUCAUGGAGCAUGCCUCAAAGGGGACCACUGUGAGUUUUCCCAUGAUUGGAAAGAUCCACCAAAUAAUAUUUGCACAUAUUAUCAGAAAGGAAUCUGCUCUUAUGGUAAUCGAUGCAGAUAUGAACAUGUUAAGGCUUCUCAAUCAGAUUUGUCUGCUUCAUCUUCAUCAACGGUACCUCACCAAUCUGUUAUCUCAGAUUCUGUUCCUCUAGGUUUUUCAACAACCACAUUUGGUGGGUCGGUUGUACUUCCAGCUGCUUCUGCUGAGUUUCCUGGCUCUAGGAGAGCAUUGUUUCCUCACACCAAACAAGCAUGGAAUCUGGAAUCUGGGCAUCAAGGUCUAUUGGAUAAUGGUAUUGUUAUGGAGCCUAGAAGUAGUAAUCCAGUUGAACGGCCCAUCUGCUCUUUUGCUGCUGCUGGUAAUUGCCCCCGUGGAGAAAAAUGUCCUCAUUUUCAUGGAGACUUGUGCCCCAGCUGUGGAAAACAUUGUUUGCAUCCUUUCAGACUUGAAGAGAGGGAGGAACAUAUAAAAAUGUGUGAGAAAAAGCAAAAACAUCUUGAGGCAUUGAAACAUAGUCAAGAAAUAGAGUGCAGUGUUUGCCUGGAUCGUGUUCUCUCGAAGACCACAGCAGCUGAACGGAAGUUUGGCUUGCUGUCUGAGUGUGAUCAUCCAUUCUGCAUAUCCUGUAUUAGAAAUUGGCGUAGCAGUUCCCCUUCCUCAGGAAUGGAUGUCAAUACUGCAUUGAGGGCUUGCCCAAUUUGCCGCAAGCUAUCAUACUUUGUCAUUCCUAGUGUCAUUUGGUAUUGCACUCCAGAAGAAAAGCAGGAAAUUGUAGAUAGCUACAAGGCAAAAUUGAGGUCAAUAGAUUGCAAGCACUUCAACUUUGGAAAUGGGAACUGUCCUUUUGGGACUAGUUGUUUUUACAAGCAUACAGUCAAGCCAGUCUCUUAUGCAUGGAAAUACCACAGGCCACCUCCUCGCAGAUCCAAUGUUAUGGAUAUGGAUGCAAUUUUUGAUUUUUUCAAGCACUUAAUUGCAGAAGAUGAAAUGAAUAUUUUUGAUGCUGAAGAUUUUGAAAAUGAUGAUUUAACAUCUACUGAGAUGGCCAUGUCAUUAAUGCAGCUAGAUUUUGAAUCAAGUGACUCCUCAAGCGAUGAGGAGAAUUGUCUCUAUUAAGUUCCUAAAUUAGUUGUUAUGCUUCAUUCUUCUGCCAGAAAUUUGGAAAAGUGGUUAUGUUGGUGUUUUGAUCUGGGAGAGGAUUGGUCUUGGAGAUUGUUAACUUGGCCAUUGCAGAUUGUGUCAUGUUAAGACUUAAGACAUUGUUAAUUAUGAUUGAAAUCUAGAUUAAGAUACUAGAGUUUGAAUUGCUUUUUUUUUCAUGGUUCACAUUAGUGUGAGGCCUUCAAUGUGGGUAUUGCCUUGGUUUCAAUCCUGGGAUGGUGUAUUAGUCUUCUUUAGAGGGCUUGAUUCCUCAUGCCUCCAAAUGGUGCAUGUGUUUCUUAUGUCGUAGAAAAAACAGGAAAACACACAAGCCAAUCUUUUCUGGUUAAAGAAAUAUUCUUUGGACUGAAUGCGUGGAUAUAUGAAGUCCUAUCAUUCAAAUGACAGGCUUUAAAAAUGGCAUAUUUGUUCUUCUAGCAUCUUUGUUUGUAAUAUAUGUCACCCAAAUAUGAUUGAAGAUUGUCUGUUCCAGUAUUAGUCCUGCAUCUUUAGCGUUCUCUUAAUGCUGUGCUUUCACUAUGGGUAAAUUUUUGUCUAGUGUAUUAUCAUGGAUGUUUUGUAU